UAAGUACUUAAAUUGCCGAAUUCGAACGUUUAAACAACGUUAAGAGAAUAUCCCGCUUCAUAAGCUUCUAGCCGACGACAUCCCUCCCUCAGGAAGCAGCACCCAAUUCAAGACCAAUCUACAUCCAAAAUCACUCAGAGAGACCUCGAGAGAAAGCACAAAAAAAAUGGAUCGUAAGGCUGAGCUGGAACGAAAAAAGGCCAAAUUGGCGGCCCUGCGCGAGGAGAAGGAUCGUCGGCGGAGGGAAAAGGAGAUUAAAGAUAUGGAAGAAGCGGCCGGACGCAUUGGCGGUGGCGCUGGCAUAGACAAAGAUCAGCGAAAAGAUCUGGAUGAAAUGCUUUCGUCCCUGGGCGUGGCACCUGUCUCCGAGGUUCUGUCCUCUUUGUCAUCGGUCAACUCAAUGACGUCGGAAAAUUCCAAUACACAGACCCCCGACGCCAGCCUCCAGGCCACUGUCAAUGGUCAAAAUGGCGGCAAGAAACAGCCCUUGAAUCUGAGCGUUUACAAUGUGCAAGCUACGAACAUUCCACCAAAGGAGACCCUGGUCUAUACGAAACAAACACAAACGACCAGCUCCGGGGGACAUGAGCGUGAUGCUCAUGCUACGGAUUAUUAUGAUGAAUACAAUCUUAAUCCGGGUUUAGAGUGGGAGGAUGAAUUCACAGGAGAUGACGAAGAGAGCUCCCUACCCCAUUUGGAUAAUGGCUUCUCCUCGAAGCUUCCGCCCGGUUUCCUCACCCAUGGCCUGCCCACGGUGAAAGAUGUGGCACCGGCCAUAACACCGCUAGAGAUAAAAAAGGAACACGAGAUCAAGAAGGAGGUCAACGAGCUGUCUGAGGAACAGAAACAGAUGAUCAUUCUAUCGGAGGACUUUCAGAGAUUCGUGGUGCGAGCCGGACGUGUUAUUGAACGGGCCCUGUCGGAGAACGUGGACAUUUACAUGGACUAUAUCGGCGGUGGAGACAGCGAGGAGACCAGCGAUGAGCGCUCACACGCCCGUCUCUCACUGAAUCGGGUAUUCUACGAUGAGCGCUGGUCGAAGAAUCGGUGCAUUACCAGCAUGGACUGGUCCACACACUUCCCAGAGCUGGUGGUGGCCUCGUAUCACAACAACGAGGAGAGCCCCAACGAGCCGGACGGCGUGGUGAUGGUGUGGAAUACCAAAUUCAAGAAGCGCACACCCGAGGAUGUCUUCCAUUGCCAGAGCGCCGUGAUGUCCACCUGCUUUGCCAAGUUCAAUCCCAAUCUGAUACUCGGCGGCACCUACUCGGGCCAAAUUGUCCUCUGGGAUAAUCGUGUCCAGAAGCGCACCCCCAUACAGCGGACGCCGCUGAGCGCGGCAGCGCACACACAUCCUGUUUACUGUCUCCAGAUGGUUGGCACCCAGAAUGCGCAUAACGUCAUCUCGAUAUCGUCGGACGGCAAGCUAUGCUCGUGGUCGCUGGACAUGCUGUCGCAGCCCCAAGAUACGCUAGAGCUGCAGCAGCGCCAGUCGAAGGCCAUUGCCAUCACAUCGAUGGCAUUCCCGGCCAAUGAGAUCAACAGUCUGGUGAUGGGCAGCGAGGAUGGCUAUGUCUAUUCGGCCUCGCGGCACGGCCUGCGUUCGGGGGUGAACGAGGUGUACGAACGGCAUUUGGGGCCCAUCACGGGCAUCUCGACGCACUACAACCAGUUGUCCCCGGACUUUGGCCACCUGUUUCUCACCUCGUCCAUUGACUGGACCAUCAAGCUCUGGUCCCUAAAGGACACAAAGCCGUUGUACUCAUUCGAGGACAACUCGGAUUAUGUGAUGGACGUCGCCUGGUCGCCCAUUCAUCCCGCACUUUUCGCUGCUGUCGAUGGUAGCGGUCGUCUUGAUUUGUGGAAUCUCAAUCAGGACACUGAAGUACCAACAGCAUCGAUUGUCGUUGGCGGUGCGCCGGCGCUCAAUCGUGUCUCCUGGACCCCGUCCGGACUGCAUGUCUGCAUUGGUGACGAGGCCGGCAAGUUGUAUGUCUACGACGUGGCUGAGCAUCUGGCGCAACCUUCGCGGGAUGAAUGGUCACGAUUCAAUGCCCAUCUCGGCGAGCUAACGAUGAACCAGGGCGACGAGGUCUAAGGCGUUGCCUUAGUCGAUGGUAGCCGAUUGGCGAUAGCUGAUAGUCGAUCGUUUAUACUGGUACGAUUUCUGCGAUUUCUGUAACCUCCUCCUUUUGUUGGGCCCUGCGCUCGACAAACGAAAGACCCCCAAGUCCCUCAAGCCCAUGCCCAAGUGGAUUGUAUUUUAUGUAUUGUGUGUUUUUAUCCAUUUUCUAUUAUGUGUGAUCCUGCUCCAUAGUUGUGUAUAGCCCAGAACCAAUCAUCAGAAACUAUACGUUUAUCAAGCAUUAUCAAGCAACCAGAAAUAGAAAGGUCAUUGAAUGAAAUUCGAAAAAGAAAACAAAAAAAAUUAUAUAUAUACUAUAAAAAGAUUAAUUAUGUAAAAGAAGAAAGAAUAGUGUAGUCGAAGGUAGUCUUCAGACCCAUCCUUGAUUGAUAAUGUAAUUUAUUUUUUGUAUUAGAUAUUGGUUUUAUUCUCCACAUUUGGAUUUAUAUACUCUUCACUUAUUAUUUUCGUGGAACUAAUGAGAAUCAAGAGUAAGCAGAUCGGAUCAGAUCAGAUCUAUAAUUCGAUAGGAUGCAUUAUCGGCAGCAGGCUGAGAAAAACAGCGAGAGAGAGAUAGAAAGCAACAUAUAAAUUAAAUACUAUUAUAUUAUAUAUUCGAUACUAAUAAUUAAGCUUAAACCCGACGGUAGAGAAAUGAAGAACGAACAAGCACAGUAGCUCCUCCCAAUUGAAAGACAGAGAGCGAGCGCCACAGCAUGUAAAUGUAUUAGAGCGAAGCCUAUUUAACGAGAUUAAAUAAAGAUAAUAUCUAUAUACACCAGA